AUGGGAGAGAGAGAGUCGAGGGGGUUCGACUCCCCCUCUUACCUCGAGCCAGGGUGGAGUGUGGAGGCGGCGCAACUGCGGCGGGCGGCGAGCAGCUCUGGCACACGCAGCGGCGGCGUUGGGGAGCAGGGAGGGGCGCUGGUGGUGGCGGAGAGGUGGACUAGCAACAUGUCUGGGUUUGUCCUAAGGAGGAUGGCCCACAUUGUGAUUGAGGGUGGUAGGACUGACAAGACCUACAAGGAUAAGGAUGUUAAUGCAGUAGCUAAGGCUCUAAAGGAGUACAGUGGGUUGCCUGUUAAUCCAACUCAAGUGUACAAUCACUUGAGGAAGUGGAAACAGAAAUGGUCUAAGGUUGCUAAGCUCAAGGACCUUAGUGGGGCAAUAUUUGAUGAUGAUGUGCAUGCCAUAAUGCUAGAACAGGACCACUAUCUUGGUCAUUGCAAAGACCACCCUAAGGAUGCUGAGUACUUGAAUACUCCAAUCAGGUUCUACACUGUGAUGGAGACUCUGUUUGCUAGCACCUUGGCUACUGGUAGGUUUGCCUUAGGAUCCAAUGAACAUUUGGGGGUGAACAAUGCUGAUAGUGUGGCUGCUAAGCUGGAGGGUCAAGACUUCUCUUGUCCUACCUAUGAAGGCAAGGCCACAGCAAAUACCUUUGACUUUGCUGAGGGUAGCAAGGCCACAACACCUUUGUCACAGAGUGUUGGUGGUAGGAGGAAGAGGGGCAAUUUCAGUGAGGAAGAGAUGCUAAUGAUGACCAACAUGACUGAUGCUGUCAACAAUGUUGCCAAUGCUAUGCUGAAAACAGGUGCUGCACAUGUUGACCCAGACCUCUACCUUGCUGUCAUGGAGACACCUGAUUUCUCCACUGAGGCCUUGAUUGUUGCCCACACUCACCUCCUUGAGAACAAAGCAGUGGCAACUAGUUUUGUGAACAUGACAACCCCCCACAGGGCCAUAUGGCUUCAGACCUACCACGCCAAGAACUACUACAUGUAG